AGUAGUUACAGUAGUUGCGCGGCCGGUACGAGCGCGCGCGCAGCCGGGCGGAAGCUACGGUAGGGCCACGCGCAUGGUUGGCGGCUAUGGAGGUAGCAAAGUGUGCAGACGCCCGGGUAAGUACUGACACCAGAAUAGAGUCCAGCCCUCGAAGUCCAGUCUGCAGCCUCCGGCAUUUUGCUUGUGAACAGAACCUGCUGUCCCGACCGGAUGGAUCUGCUUCUUUUCUGCAAGGUGACACCUCUGUCCUGGCUGGAGUGUACGGGCCAGCCGAGGUGAAGGUCAGCAAAGAAAUCUUCAACAAGGCUACACUCGAAGUGAUCCUGAGGCCGAAGAUUGGGCUGCCUGGUGUGGCUGAGAAAAGCCGGGAGCGGCUGAUCAGGAACACUUGUGAAGCAGUGGUUCUGGGAGGCCUGCACCCCCGCACUUCCAUCACAGUGGUGCUGCAGGUGGUGAGCGACACCGGCUCCCUCUUGGCCUGCUGCUUGAAUGCUGCCUGCAUGGCACUGGUGGAUGCAGGUGUGCCCAUGCGGGCUCUCUUCUGCGGGGUCAGCUGUGCCCUGGACUCUGAUGGCAAUCUCGUGCUGGACCCCACGACCAAGCAAGAAAAGGAGGCCCGGGCCAUCCUGACCUUUGCUCUGGACAGCGUGGAGCAGAAACUGCUGAUGUCCACCACCAAGGGGCUCUAUUCUGAUGCCGAGCUCCAGCAGUGCCUGGCUGCUGCCCAGGCUGCCUCACAGCACAUCUUCCGCUUCUACCGGGAAUCGCUGCAGAGGCGCUACUCGAAAAGCUGAGACAAGCCAGGGCAGGGUGCACCUCCAGUCACCACGCCCACCGCCUCCAGCCGUCACAUGCCAGCUCCUCACUUUACCUCAUACUGUGCCCAUGUGACCUCCAGUCCUGUAACAGCAGGGGCUCCUGUGCCAGAACACCAUUAAAAGGAGCUCACCUGUGUUGAAUGAGUCAUAGCCACCGAUUCUGAUGGCUGGUGAGCAUCCAUUCAUCAGGCCUGCUGGUGUUGAGAAGCUGGCACUGAACGAGAGACCCAGACCGCAUGUUCAGGGUAAGAUAUAGGCAUGGUGGUACAUGCCAACAGUCCUACCUGGCAUAGUGAGGCCAGCCUGGGCUACCUAAGAAGGCGAUCUGGAGAGGACUCAGCAGUUAGAAGCACCUGUUGCUCUUCCAGUUUCCAGCACUCAAAACAGACAACUCACAACUAUGACUCCAGCUCUUGGGGCUCAGACAUCCUUUUCUGGCUUCUUUGGGCACUUGGACACACACUCUAAAGGAGGGAUCAGUUUUGAGGGGAAGUAAAUUCCGUAUCAGGAUACAGGCAGGGGUGGUACAGCUGAAGUUAUCCGUGAUGGAGGAAAGUGUGGCAGUGAGCUCUGGAGUAGCAUGGGAGAGCGCUCCAGAGAUACAGGCAGGGAGGAACACAUCCACAUGGGACUUUGAGGGCCACCAGCAGUACACUAGAGGUCCAUUUUCACCCCAUGAAAUGGGGGUGAUAGAGUCCUCACUUGAAGAUGACAUAAACAGAAGAGCCCAGAGGUCACCAGCUAACCUGCAGAAGACCAAAGGACCAUGAGAUUCCUGUCCCAGAGACCAGGCUGUUCAGGGUAACUCCAGCAUUCUGGGAGCACCAAGUCAUUGGAGUUCAUCCAGCUGGUGUUCCCAUUCUCUUGGUAUUGAGAGGACUGGAACCAAGCAUUUAAGAACUUCUGUAAAGAUUAACUCCCACAACCUGUCAACAUGGAGCCAAAUCAGCAGGCCCCAGACGCUUGUUUCCAUGUCCUGCGCCCAUUCUGCCUUAUACUUCACAUGCUAGAUCUAGAUCCUCACACUCCAUUCUCUCCACCACCACCCGCUGGACCGGUGUCUUCACUCCUGAGAACCGGGAAAGAAAUGCACAGGUAUCUUUAGCUUGGUGAGUGGAAAAGGGGUUUUGUUUUUUGUUUUUUGUUUUUUUUCAUUGUGGUGUGGCGUUUAACAGCCAAACCCCGCCUCUUCAUUACUUGAUGUUCUCAGGCCUCAUUUUGCAAAUACUCCCUGUGUUGGCCAAGUGCUGAGAAAGCUGCUCACCUACUCAGUACCACCAGCUCUUUGUUUCCUCAGGGACCCACCCCUUACAUAGCCAGGCAGCGCUGGUGCACACCUUUGGUCCCAGCAAUCUGGAGGCAGAGGCAAGUGGCUCUGAGUUGGAGGCCCAUUCUGCAGAGACUUGGUUGAAGUGGGUUUGGAAGGCCAUUUUGUAAGGAAGGUAUUUGGUCUCUAGAUGAUUUGAGCUGUCAGUCAGGAUUCCCACCCCCCCCCCCCCCCCAGAGAAGUUGUGUCUGCAGAGGGAGCUAUGUUCACAUCAUUGAAACCCGGGUACAAUUUUUUUCAUGUUUUGGUAACUCUAAAACUUUUUUUUUUGUUUUUGUUUUUUUAGAGACUGUGUUUCUCUCUGUAAUAGCCCUGACUGUCCUG